CGGAUGUAGUAUCGGAAGAGAGUUUUAAGGUAGAAACGAUGUAAUAUUGAAUGCCCUGUAAAGUGACGAGCUCCGGCAACACUGAACCUCGACAUCACUCAAACUCAAAACCCCACAACCUCAAGAUUCGUCUCCCAAACUUAGCAUCUUCAAUGGAGAGUUCCCUCAUCAGUCCGAAACUUGAACUCCACAACCAUGGAAGCGUCAAACACCUCGACCAUAGCUCACUGCCGUUAAUGGAGUUUCCCUAGCCGCUUGCUUUUUUGUUCUCCAAACCUAACCUAAAUCCUUUCUUUGAUCGUUACAACGAUGAAACUCAAAUCGUUCCUCUGAAAAACCCUAAACCCCAAUAUUUUCGCAGCAAGAGAGGUCAUAGGGGGAAGCGAAAAUCAGAAGGUUGCGAUAUAGUUAUGGAGUCUUCUUUCUUGUUUGGCCUUGGGUACAUUGUUGCAGCUGUGUCUCUUUAUGAUGAAUACAACAAUGAUAUUCUUGACUUGAAAAAAGGAUCCUGCUUCCCAAGGUUUCAUUCUGCAAUGCUUUCUAUUGUUGACUUCUAACUCUGUUGCGGUAUCAGAUUAGGACUUGCUAUAUUUUUGGUCUAUUUGAGAGUUUUUGGUUUUCUUACUAGACAUAAUUUUGGCCCUUGCAUCCAUCUAAUUCUAGGUUUCAUUUGGUAUGCCUACAUGCUUUUACCUGCAAAUUUACUUGUACUUUGGUAAUGUGCCCUGAGAUGUUGAUUUGAUAGAUUUCAGUUCCAGCUCUUGGGAACUGAAACUCUGUUUGGCUUGUGGGAAUAGAAAAUAUUAAUGCAGUCAUGUUUGUGAUUCGGCUUUGUCAAUGAGAAGUAUUUUGGGAGGAUAGUUUAAUGCAUAAAUAUUAGUGUUAAUUGCAAGGAUUUCUUGAUUUAAAGGAUGGAGGUUUAGCAUAUAUACAUGUUUUAGCUUUGAAGUAACUAAUGUUCUGUAUUUUGUGUGGAGUGAAAACAUUAAACAUAUUGUUGGAUAAGUGGUCGUAUUAAUUAAAAAAUUACUUAAGCCGGGUUUUUCUUAUAGCAAGCAACCUUGCUCAUCUAGGAUCAAGUGAACAUUGACAAAGUAACUAGUAAAUAGAAAACAAAGAGGAGCUAGUGCUUUGAAUUCUUACUUUUCUGGAAUCGUGCUGGUGUGUUUCACCCAACUCACCAAAACACAUGGUUAGUUAAAAUAACAGGGACAUGUUCAUUCUUUAAUCUUGUUUGUUGCUAGAGGCAUGUGUGAGAAGAUUGAGGUUCCGUUUUGAUUAUUGGGGCAUUUUGUUCCUUGUUGCAAGCGGGCACUUUGAAUUUAUUUGAUUGGAGAUGUUUAGUUUGGUACUAAUGUUAAUAUGUGCAUUUUGAUGGAAGCGAUCAGUUUUGUUUAGAGGAUAUUGGAUACAGGGAGGUUAUUGUAUAUGUGUAAACCCAACGUACUUAGUUUGGUACUAAUGCUGUGCAUUUUAAUGAAUGCUUUGGUUUGUGCAGAUGGCAGUUAAUGAAUGCUUUGGUUUAUGCAUCAGAGGGUAUUGGAGUCCACAGUCAACUUGGGAAAAAAAUAAUAUAAGUACCAAUUUUUCUGGGAAAGAAAUUGUUGAACCUGUGAUGAGAAUGUAUACUGAGGCAACAGAUGGCUCUUAUAUAGAGACCAAAGAGAGUGCCUUGGUAUGGCACUACUAUAAUGCUGAUCCUGAUUUUGGAUCUUGGCAAGCCAAGGCGCUAUUGGAUUAUCUUGAAAUUUUUUUUGCAAAUGAACCCUUUGUUGUAAAGAAGGGAAAACAUAUUAUUGAAGUCAAGUCACAGGGGAUUACUAAAGGGCUAAUUGUAGAGGACAUCCUGUCCCAGAUGACCAAGAAAGGGAAAUCCCCAGAUUUUGUACUGUGCAUAGGGGAUGAUAGAUCUGACGAGGAUAUGUUUGAGAGCUUACUAACCAAAGCUUACGGUGGAACCUCUUCUCCUGCACCAGAAAUCUUUUCAUGCACUGUUGGUCAGAAACCAAGUAAAGCUAAGUACUACUUAGAUGAUACUGAGGAUGUGAUGGGGUUGCUUCAAGCUCUUGGUACCAUUUCAGGGCCCAAAUCAUCAUUUCCUGAAGAAUUACUUGUAUACCUUACAGUUGUCCAUUUUAUUUAGGAAGAAUUAUGAAAAACAGGACAUUCAGUAAUAUUUUCUGAUAAA